UCUUCCAACAUCAUUGCUCUGGGAGUCUGACAAAACUUCAAAAAUCUAGGAGGUCUACAGUCAAGGUUAUAUGUCAAGAUGAAGUUCUAAACGAACUUCAAGAUGAUAUUAGAAGUCCAGAGUUUGUUAAAAUAUUAGAGAAAAAAAUCUUUAACGUGUCUGCAUUAACACAAACAGCCUGUUUUUUGUUUAGUAUCAGGUAUAACAUUGCUGAACUUAAAGUCUUCUUGAAUUCAAAGUUUAGGUAGCCUGUAUAUAAAAAUAAGAAAGCCAGCAAUAAACCAAAGAAAGCAAGAUGUAAAAAAAAAAAGAGAAUUGUCACCUGGAACUGUGCAGAAAUUAGUUGGCCUCCAAUCAGAGUUCUUUUUUGUAUGAGGAGGAAAAAAUUCAACUUUUAUUCCAAACCUGGUUUAAAAAGUGGUUAAAAAAAAAGUUUCUCCACUUCUGUGAAGUAAAAGACAUUACCUCAAGUGGCCGUAACUGAGCUUCCCAUCGGAUUAUUGUGCAAGGUUGCUUUUUAUUCCCCCCAGAGUGGAUAAUGCGUGUUCAUUGUGAUUUAUCUGGAGCUGGUUUCUUUUACACCCUCGGCCUAUAUAAAGUUGCGCUAGGACCGGGAACAGAGAUUCGGGGAGCAUCUGCGAGGCGGCCUCCACCGUCGGAGAGAAUGAAACAGUCGGGAACAUGAGUGGCCACGUGUGUCCUUGACGCUCUCUGUGGUAGGUGCCCCACGUUUGUCUCCCAGGGCGGACAAGGAGCCAUUAGAAGCGGGAGGCGUGAUGGUCUCCCCUGAAAAUUCCCCUUGAGACUGUGCGUGUUGCUUUGUUCUCACCCUUGAUUUUCAUUGCUUGCCUGUGUUUCUAACCUAGAAUGAUCGAGGCACAGGCCCUGGCAGGACCCUGAACAUUUGGCCAGCUUGAUUGCACCACUUGGCAAAGACCACGUUCUGAGAAGCAAUGGUGAUGAGGGCCUUUGUCCUGUUGGCCGUCUUUGCCGAAGCCUCUGCGAGAUCUUGCACUCCAAACAAAGCAGAUGUCAUUCUCGUGUUCUGCUAUCCCAAAACCAUCAUCACCAAAAUCCCCGAGUGUCCCUAUGGAUGGGAAGUGCAUCAGCUGGCGCUCGGUGGGCUGUGUUACAAUGGGGUCCACGAAGGAGGUUACUACCAAUUUGUAAUCCCAGAUUUGUCACCUAAAAACAAGUCCUACUGUGGCACCCAGUCCGAGUACAAGCCCCCCAUCUACCACUUCUACAGCCACAUCGUUUCCAACGACAGCACCGUGAUCGUUAAGAACCAGCCCGUCAACUACUCCUUCUCUUGCACCUACCACUCCACCUACUUGGUGAACCAGGCUGCCUUCGACCAGAGAGUGGCCACUGUUCAUGUGAAGAACGGGAGCAUGGGCACAUUUGAAAGCCAAUUGUCUCUCAACUUCUACACUAAUGCCAAGUUCUCCACUAAGAAAGAAGCGCCUUUUGUCCUGGAGACAUCAGAAAUUGGUUCAGAUCUGUUUGCCGGAGUAGAAGCUAAAGGGUUAAGCAUUAGGUUUAAAGUUGUUCUGAACAGCUGUUGGGCCACACCGUCAGCUGAUUUCAUGUACCCCUUGCAGUGGCAGCUGAUCAACAAGGGGUGCCCCACGGAUGAAACAGUCCUCGUGCAUGAGAAUGGGAAAGACCACAGGGCCACCUUCCAAUUCAAUGCUUUCCGGUUCCAGAACAUCCCCAAGCUGUCCAAGGUGUGGUUACACUGUGAGACAUUCAUCUGCGACAGUGAGAAGCUCUCCUGCCCAGUGACUUGUGACAAAAGGAAACGCCUCCUCCGGGACCAGACCGGGGGCGUCCUGGUCGUGGAGCUCUCUCUCCGUAGCAGGGGAUCCUCCAGUCUCUGUAGCUUCUCAGAUGUUCUCUAUCACCUCAUCUUGAUGCUGGGGAUUUGUGCCGUGUUGUAAGGGAGAGCCAGGCAGGCAGCUGGAGCUCCUCCACCCAAAACCAUCUCCUCCGUCAGUGACAAACUUGCAUUUAUCGUGCUGCCAAAAGGAACAAACAGAAGACCGUAUUGUUGGGGAGGAGAGAAUUGCGCUUUGCCAAAUAUGUGUUCCAGCGACUUUUGUGAAUUUCAGUGAUUGUUUUUCUUCGGUGCCCUACUUCCUCCUGUGACUUCCUGUGGCUCUCAGAUCCUGCCGUUCCUCCUUUGCAGCUGGCGGAGGAGUCUCCUUUGCCCAUAUUCAAGCCCGGACAGCAGUGGACUCCUUUGAAAGCUAUUCUGAUUUUAAAAGAGGAGCACAUCCAACCAAGCGCAGCUGAGUAUUUGGGGGAGAAUGUAGGGCAAAACUACAAAGUCAGCCCUAAAUACAGAAUGCACAGGAACAGCCAACUUGUGGAAGGGGUCUUUGUCGUUGAGGCUUUGCAAUUCCUAAGGACCAGCGGGGCUGAGCCACUAGGCAGAGGUUCUAAUCUUUCAAAUGAUGAUGUGGGCAUCCAGGUAGAAGACAUUUGUUUUUCUCAAACCUGAAUACUAUAAAGAAAAAUGAUGCUUGAGAGCCCCCAGUGAGCAGUAACCUAAUUUGUCAUUAUGAGCUUUCUGAAAGAGGUAUCAAAAAAUAUUAUAUAGGAUUACAUUCCUUAUUUUUAUUGCUGAGAUAUACUUCUGAGAUCCAAAGAAAAUUACAAACUGAAUAGAGAGAAAGCUACAAAAGGAAUAAAACUCACAUUAGCAUGAGUUUAACAUGAUAAUGUGGCAUUGCCUAAAUGAAACUGCUGCUUGCAACAUAACCUAGAAGGACUGUCAUGAUAGGGUCUCUGCAGCCUGUCGACCCCAUCCUACCUACGCCUCAUGGUGCCCAAGUUCUCACUAUUUCUAUUGCUCUACUAGGAAAUCUUCAUUUGGACGGAAUGGUGUGACCUCAUUUAGCCUUUACUUCAACAUUCGAGUCCAUACCUGUUUUUGUCUCAAUAACUUAAGAUCAUUCCAAUGGAACCAACAAAAAAUUGGAACCACAAAUGCAAAUAUGGCCAAUGAAAUCACGCGGUGCCUCACCCAGAGACCACGGCCACCCCAGUGAUGCCGAGUAUAUGAGGGCAAUGAUCUACAUGGUCAACCAAAUAAAAACUGAAGGGACCAGUCCUGGUAGAGAAUUGGCAGACCCUGAAAAUAUAUGGAGGACCACAGUUUGAAGCUAGAGACUAGGAUGGGAUAGGAAAAGUCAGAGCUCUAAACUCUUCUUCAUCUUGUGCAGACUCAGUGGGCUUAUCAUUGGCAAACACGUCAGUUUGUGUCUCUGUAUUUAAUAUAUUGGAGAAGUUUUGAGAUCUGUAGUUUGGUGGUUCUUUUACAUCGGUGUUAAUGAACUCAGAAAUUAAGCUAGGUCUCCAGUCUCUGGAGACACAGAGUGAGUGUUUAGCAACAGGCUAGAUUAAAAUGAUUCAAUGUAGUUGAAACUGGCCUCAAAGCUGGUGAUCCCACCAGUUUGGGGUCUCUUCUUCCUGUAAAUUCAGAAGUUUUGUAGUCAGGAAGAACAAAAAACAUAUUUUAUUGGUUGUAGUAAAAAAAUAAAUUAAAAAAUUAAAAACAGCUCUUAAAUAGCAUCCUCAUAGCCAUAAUCAUAAAUCCUUGGCUGCAAGAGUAAACCAUGUUGUUAGUUUGCUUUGUUUUAUCAUAAUGUUUAAUGAUCUUGUAUCUCUCCCUGGUGCUAUGCAAUAAAUAAAAUGCCUUAAAGUAAAUGA